UCUCUCUCUCUCUCUCUCUCUCUCUCUCUCUCUCUCUCCAGUCUCCAGUCUCCAACUCUCCAGCUCUCCGAUCUCUGCAGAGAUCUGAGGGCGACUCUUUCGCUGUCAUCGUUCACGCAAGGCCGAUUACUUGCGGGUCCUGACCGCGUACUCUCUCUAGGUCUGAGCGUGAUCCCUCUGCGGUGAAGGUUCUUUUCCCCUUAUUCGUCUCUGAGUCUUGGUGUCUGCCUCUCGCCGUUGGCUGGAACUGCUCAGAUUCCAAAGGAGGCGGACUUUUAAUGGACCUUGCAGCACAGUAAAACCAGAGAGGGAAAUGGGAAAGAAGAAGGGCACAGAGGUGAUGAAAAGGAAGGUAUUUGUUGAUGAUGGUGGUAACUUUGAUGAUACAUGGUGGUGGUUGUUACACAAAGGCAUUACUGUCUCAUUCUUUUGUAUCGCCGUGUUUGCCAUAUUGGUUCGGAUAGCUGUAUCUCUUCAUCCUUACUCUGGUGCUGGCAUCCCUCCCAAAUUUGGUGACUAUGAAGCACAGAGGCAUUGGAUGGAGAUCACCCUAAAUCUUCCAGCUAAAGAAUGGUACAGGAAUAGCACUGACAAUGAUCUGAAUUACUGGGGACUUGAUUACCCUCCACUCACUGCAUACCAGAGUUAUAUUCAUGGUCUGUUCCUCAGAUCCUUUGACCCGCAAUCAGUUUAUCUGUUCACUUCACGUGGACAUGAAUCUUAUCUUGGAAAAUUACUCAUGAGGUGGACUGUUUUAUCCUCUGAUGUGUUGAUAUUCUUUCCGGCAGUUCUUUAUUUUGUGUUAGUGUACCGUGCUAGUCAGAACAGAAAUCGUAAAAGUGAUGUAGCGUGGCACAUCGCAAUGAUUCUACUCAAUCCUUGUCUGAUCUUAAUUGACCAUGGUCAUUUUCAGUACAACUGUAUCAGCUUGGGCCUUACAGUGGGUGCUGUUGCUGCAGUUCUAUCUGAGAGGCAGCUUUCAGCAUGUGUCCUAUUCAGUCUUGCUCUCAACCAUAAACAGGUGCUUUUCCACUUGGCUACUGUUUCUAUUUAUAGCUUUCUCAAAUUUAUUUUUCUAAGCAGUAUAUCUUGUCACAUUUAGUCUACUUCAUAUAUG